GGGGGGCCCACCGGCCCCGGACGGGGGUGUGUGGCUCCGUUGCCCCUUUAAGCGGGUCCCUCCCAGCCCGGGGCGGGUCCGGCUCAGUCCUGGCUGGGCCCCGCAGGAAGCAGCUGGCCGCCGACAUGGCCGAGGAGUCCAUCAUCCGCAUCCCCCCCCACCACUACAUCCACGUGCUGGACCAGAACUCCAACGUGACCCGCGUGGAGGUGGGGCCGCAGACCUACAUCCGCCAGGACAAUGAGCGGGUCAUCUUCCCCCCGGCCAAGAUGGUGACGGUGCCCCCCCGGCACUACUGCGCGGUGCGGAACCCUGUGGUGCGGGCGCCAGGCGCCGGGGUGCAGUUCGAUGCCUCGGGGCAGGCACUGCUGCGGCACGCAGACCUGGAGAUCCGGCUCAGCCAGCCCCCCUUCCCCCUCUACCCGGGGGAGGAGAUCCAGCAGGGGAUCACGGCCCUGCAGGUGGUGCUGCCUGACACCGCGCUGCACCUCAAGGCCCUGCUGGAUUUCGAGGACGAUCAGGGGGAGAAGUUUGUGGCUGGGGACGAAUUCCUCUUCGAGGGGCCAGGCACCUACAUCCCACGCACCGAGGUGGAGGUGGUGGAAAUCAGCCAGGCGACCGUCAUCCGGCACAACCAGGCCAUCCGCCUCCGGGCCCGCAAGGAGUGUACAGACCGGGAGGGGACCCGGCGGGUCACAGGUGAGGAGUGGCUGGUGAAGCGAGUGGGGGCAUAUCUCCCUGGUGUAUUUGAGGAGGUGGUUGACAUUGUGGAUGCUUUUGUGCUGACAGAGAAGAGGGCGCUGCAUCUCCGUGCCACCAAGACCUUCCGGGACCCGCAGGACACGGUGCGCCGGACGGGGGAGGAGUGGCUGGUGACGCUGGCACAGAGCGAGGCCUACAUCCCCGAUGUCUACGAGGAGGUGGUGGGCAUUGUGGACAUCACCACGCUGAGCAGCCGCCAGUACUGCGUGGUGUGCGACCCCGUGGGGCCCGACGGCAAGCCCCAGCUGGGCCAGGAGAAGGUGAUCAAGGGGGAGAAGUCAUUCUUCCUUCAGCCAGGGGAGUCUCUGAAGGAGGGGAUCCAGGACAUCUACAUCCUCUCGGAGGAUGAAGGGCUGCUGUUGCGGGCACUGAGCAAGCUGGAGGACUCGAAUGAGGUGAGGAGAGCUGCAGCGGAAGCCGGCGAUCGCUGCUCAUCCGGGGCCCCUGGAUACGUGCCACCGGCAGACGGUGGAGGUGUGGAGCGGCGCCGGGCCACCCCCCUGGACGAGAACGAGCAGGGAUCUAUGUGCAGGGACUCAAAGACAGGCAAGGUGCGGGCGGUGAUCGGUCACACCUACAUGCUGACGGAGGACGAGGAGCUCUGGGAGAAAGAUCUGCCCCCCAAGGUGGAGGCCCUGCUGUCCUCGGGCUGGGACCCUGUGGCUGACCGCUCUGGGGCCCCCCCCGGGGGAGGCGAGGGGCCCCCCCGUGACAAGACACGGGUGGUGAGUUACCGGGUGCCCCACAACGCGGCUGUGCAGGUGUAUGACUAUCGGGAGCGGCAGGCCAGGGUGGUGCUGGGCCCGGAGCUGGUUCUGCUGGGCCCGGACGAGCAGUUCACGGUGCUCAGCUUAUCGGGGGGGCGGCCCAAGACCCCCCACAGCCGCCGCUCACUCUGCCUGCUGCUGGGCCCCGACUUCUGCACUGACAUCGUCACCAUCGAGACGGCCGACCACGCCCGGCUGCAGCUCCAGCUGGCCUACAACUGGCACUUUGAGGUGCCAUCGCCCCCCGACCCCCCGGCGCUCUCCCGGCUCUUCAGCGUCCCAGACUUCGUGGGAGAUGCCUGCAAAGCGCUGGCCUCCCGCAUCCGCGGGGCCGUGGCCUCCGUCAGCUUCGACGACUUCCACAAGAACUCGAAUCGAAUCAUCUGCUCAGCCGUGUUCGGCUUCGACGCGGAGCUGCAGGUGCGCAGCUGCCUGCGCUUCCCCCAGAACGGGCUGGUGGUGAGCAGUGUGGACAUCCAGAGUGUGGAGCCGGUGGACCAGCGCACGCGGGACGCGCUGCAGAGGAGUGUCCAGCUGGCCAUCGAGAUCACCACCAACUCCCAGGAGGCAGCUGCCAGGCACGAGGCUGAGCGGCUGGAACAGGAGGCCCGGGGGCGGCUGGAGCGGCAGAAAAUCCUGGACCAGGCGGAGGCCGAGCGGGCCCGGAAGGAGCUGCUGGAGCUGGAGGCACUGAGGUUGGGGGAACCGGGGGAGGGGAUGUGGGGGUCGGGGGGAGGAAUCACUCACUCACCACCCUCCUGCUCCCCCCAGGUGAAGCUCCUGAAGGGCCUGGGCCUCCAGUCGGCCCUCAUCACCGACGGCUCCUCCCCCAUCAACCUCUUCUCCACGGCGGGGGGGCUGCUGGGCAUCCUGCCCAGGCCCCCCGCGGGGCCCCAUGCCUGAGGGCCCUGCCCCCCAUUGGGCCUUACACUCUGCAAUAAAGAUGGCAGCCGACAUG